AUGUCAGCAGCUCGAGCUACUGGAGAAGCAGUCCCACACGAGGCACCACACCCAGAUGUCAUCAGUGAGCAAAGGAAGCGUGGCCAUGACAGCAUUGAAGAUGUGCCCCCAGCACCUCAGAGCGCCGAGAAGAAGCCUCGUAAGACAAAGAAGGCCCCUGCAAAGACACCAGCCAAGCAAUCGAAACGGAAAGCAGCUAAGGUAAAGGUGGCUGACGAAGGCAAGAAAGCUCUGGAAGAACUGGAAGAUGCUGUCAAUUGGACUAACAACGAAACAAGGAUAUUGCUUGAUGCACUCCUGGGUCCUGAUAGUGAGCUCUACAAGGAGCUAGGCGCAAAUUCAAGAUAUGCCUACAGAAAGGUAUCUGAACAGAAAUUCAGUGGCAAACGGAGUCCUGAAUCAGUCAGAAGCAGAUAUGAGCGGCUACGGAAACUAUUCACAUACAUAUUAGCAUUUGAGUCUAUGACCGGCAAUGGUGAAGGUGAUCCUGAUGUCGAGGAGCUUGAUGAACAGAUUAAGAAUGCGAGAGCAGCAGGGAAGGAUGUAGGAAACCUCUCUGGGAUUAUGCUGAAACGUUGGUAUACUGAGGGCUGGUAUGAGCUGUUCAACAACCGCCUUGGCGAGCACCCAGGACUAGUGCGGCAGCAUGACUUUCACUCAGGCACCAUUUCAGACAUAGUUGAGAUUAGAAGUGACGAAGGCGCUGGCGGUGAUGGCUUCGAGAGCACUGAUGCAGAGGAAAAGCCAGCAAGGAAAAAGGGAAACAGAGUGUCCAAAAGGCAAGAAACACCAUCAUCCUCGAAAGGUGUUCCUGCGCCGCGCCACAAACGGAAGUCAUCUCAUACCAACAUGGGCAGCGAGCUCGCGGAUUACCUUGUAUCAAAUGCUGAGUAUACAUCAGUGAACUGGUGA